AUGUCAUCCAACGCAAGUUUCGAAGGCGGCGAUCCGCAUUCGGGCGAAAACGCUUCAGCAGCGUCGCUAGCUCUGGGCGAAGAGCUGACGUUCAGCACACAGUCACUGGUGCAGGUGAUCAUUUACUGCAUCCUGUUCGUCAUAGCUGGCGCCGGCAACGUGCCGGUGUUCGUCAGCUUGCUUAACAAAAGGCACCGCAAGUCCCGCAUCAAACUCAUGAUCCUGCACCUCGCCUUCGCCGACCUGAUCGUGACGUUCGUUAUGAUUCCGCUCGAGGUCGCCUGGAGGCUCACGGUCCAGUGGGCGGCCGGGAAUGUCAUGUGCAAACUGAUGCAGAUGCUCCGUGCGUUCGGCCCUUACCUCUCGUCGAUGGUUCUCGUGUGCAUCAGCGUGGACCGAUAUUACGCCGUGCUACACCCGCUCAAGGUGCACAGCGGACAUCGCCGAGGCAGGAUAAUGCUCACUGUCGCCUGGUACGCGAGCCUUGUCUGUAGCAUACCACAGGACCGCUCAAGGGCCAUCACUGCCUCCAGGCAACCUGCUGCGACAACCAGCGACGUCCUGUUCCCGUCGUCGCCUCCCGCCUCCGAGCUCUCCAUAUAG